AUGUUAAGGAUUCAACCAAAGGGCGACAAAGUCUGCCGACCUUGUUUAGAUCCACCUUGUUUAGAUCCUGUGUAUUUGAGGGAGACACGCCCAGAUCUUAUACCAGUGAUGUUGGAGAAGGAUGCAAGGAGUUACCUUCCUGUCAUGAACACGAAGAAAUACCUUGUCUGUGGUGACAUGCCCAUUAGAGAAUUUGUUAAUUUUAUUCGGUACAAUAUCAAGGUCAGCAGAAAGAAGCCUAUAUUUGUCUGUUUCAAGAACACUAAACCUCCCACUGGUGCCUUGAUGUCGGCAAUCGAUGAGGAAAAUAAGGAUGAAGAUGGAUUUCUUCACAUUACGUACAGUGGAAAAAGAAUACGGGAGAACAGUGGCAGCGUGUGUUUCACCUUGGAUGAAUGCUCAUACAAGAACACAUAUCCUCAGGGAAUGACGCAAGCAGAAACGAAUCCAACACCAGUAAGAACUUCACAGAAUCAGAUAUGUUUAGUUCCUAGUCGUUCACAUGCCAUAACGUUUGACAGUCCUGACAUUGAAGAAAAAAUAAAUUGGUCAAGGCCCAUUUCUCUUUUAGACAAUUGGAGGAGUGUCGCCGAGAAGGCUUUGAGGAACCCUGGAAAGAAAAGGUACAAAGGCCUCCUUACUUCUUUAGAUGGUGAUUAUUUGAGGGAGAUGCGUCCAAAUUAUAUACCAGUGAUUUUGGAGAAAGAUGCAAGGAGUGACAUUCCUGACAUGGUCUGGAAGAAAUUCCUUAUCCCUGAUGAUAUGCCUCUUGGAGAUUUUUUUAAUUAUAUUCGGUAUAGAGUCAAGCGCAGCACACGGUUCGUCGUCGGUGUAAUAAAGCCUAUAUUUAUGUUUUUCAAGAACACUAAACCUCCCAUUGACGCCUUGAUGUCCGCAAUCUAUGAGGAAAACAAGGAUGAAGAUGGAUAUCUUCACAUUACGUACAGUGGAGAGGAGAGUGUAUGUGGAUCCAAUGAAGCGCAAGAAUGCAUGCUAUGUGGUAGAUCUUAAGGAGAAGUGUAAAAUCUCGGAGCUCCGAGUGAAUGAUCUGACCUGCUUAAAUCCUCAUCUUGUGGCCUUAUUAUGGUGCUGGAAGUACGUAGUUUUUUGACAUUGAAAGAAAUGGACUUGGCGGCCGCAUGUAUGGAGUUGAAAUCAUUUUAAUGAAUUCCCAGUUCAGUUAGAAGUGAGUUUUUUCAUUGUUAUUCCUUCCCAGCUUUCGGGGGCUUUAAUGAAGCAUCUCUUUGACGCGAAAAAAAUUGUUUCUCUUCCCCAUCUUCAUGAUCCAUUCCUUCUAUUGAAGGACCCACCAUCCUCGCAUGAUCACAACAUGAGUUCGGAAGGGAUGAAGCAACCAACUGCUGCAACUUGAGCCUCAUCUAAUUAAUAUCCCACAAUUAGCAACCCCUCACAUCCAAACCCAGCAAUAAAAAAUCACCCUCUCUUUAA